UUUUUUCAUGGGAGAAUAUGGGUGAAGAAGCUCGAGUCGCCUGUAGUGCCCUUUCCACUAACUGAUAAAAUCUCCCAUCUAUUGGCCUUUUCUCCAAUCCAUUAUCAUCGAUCAACUCGCAGUGUCAAGCUCGAAUGUCUAUUCGUCUAUGGAAACUCCUCUAAUCAAUUCCCUUUAUUUCCCUCUCUUCCUUCUUCCCCAAUAUUUAAAGGGACUUUGUUUGCCACCCAACUUUCCCCAUGCUUUUCCUCUAUUACCAAGAUUUUUCCUUUAAAUUGAUUGCUUUACAUUGUGGGUUUUAUGAGCUAACUAAAGAUACUUUAAAAUUGUUCUAUGUGAUCUUACUGUAUGGCUUAUAUACCUCCACACAAACGUCAUUCAAGGGAUAUGGAGAAUACAUCUCCUACACCGGAGUCGCUUUCUUCUCAAUUCAACAGAAAAUUGAAUUUGAAACGAAAGUUUAAUGGAAAGCUUACUAUUACAUAUGCUGAGGGGGCUAUAUCCAAAUGGUUCGUGAUUGGUAGUUCUGAUGAUGGUAACCAGUUUCUCCCCUGUGUUCAUCUCGAGCCAUUCUCUGUGCCAUCCAUUGAACUUAAAUGGGGUGAAAAACCUCUAGCUUUGCUGAACUCUAGUGUAUCUCAAGGGAAUAGAGAAGAGGAAGAAGAAACCGAAACAGGACCAUGGGAAUCUAUCAUAGUAAAUUUACUGCCAGAAUUACUUUCAUCGGUUGAACACAUAAAGAACGAACUGUAUCAACAUGAUGGUGUGAAGCCAAAAUUGGUAGCUAGAGUUGGAAAAGUUCUCUUUCAUGGGAUUUCUAAAAUUGACAGAAAUGAGUUACCUACUGAAAGGACAUUGAGACAGCUGAAGGGCUUGUUUUAUACAAGUGUCUCUGACACUUACAUGGAAAACCGUACAGAAAGAGUAAUUCCACUUAUUGGAUUAGAGUUUGAAGUGGAAAAAGAUAUAUAUAUUGUCAAGGUAUCUGAUGAAGAGCGCCCAUCGGUGACUUUAUCGUGCAAAUGUAUUGCUUUGCCCCAUUCGAAUAAUCUUAAACUUUAUAAGGUUGAAAUCAACCAAGUGCGCCAUAUGGUUGGAGAUAUUUCAUGCCUAAAACAGAAUGUUGACAUGAGGCUCAUGCUAUACUCCAAGAAGAAUUUACAAAAGCUGACAGAUGAUGAGAUGGAAGGCAUAGUAGGUCUUAUAAACUCUGCUGUUUUAGACCAAGAUAUGAUGGGUGGCUUAAGAUGGCCUCUGGGGAAAGCGACCUCAGGGAAUAGAUUCAGAGUGGUUGAAGUUUGGCACACUGUUUCCAAGUAUUAUGUAAACCCAUUUUUGAGGCUCCAACUAAGAAAUGCCAAUCGAUAUGAUCUCAGCACCUCGAUUGGUGAAGCGUCAAAAGAGGUUACUCUGAAUCUGAAACAUGUUACUUUUGAACUACUGGCAGAUUAUUGUUUCGAUUAUUUUGUUUGUAGAGAGAAAAAGUUGAGUAUGAUGUGAUAAUAGAUAUGCUUAAAGACCACCUGAAGCUGUUUUGGAAGCAUUUUGUGUGCUCUGCUUGCAGUGGUAGUGUGCAAAUGCAGGAGAUUUGAUUGCCAAAGUAAAAAUGUGUGUUGAGAAAUAUGCUCUUUGAGCUCUCCACUAUUGUAAGCAUGUACUUUCUGUAUGGUAGGUGUUUUGUUUUGAUUUAAAUCUCAUUUAUGGCUACUGUUAUUCUGUUAUUCUAACCUCUAUUUUGAUUUAAAUCCUCCUCACGUUUUCUUGACAAGAUUGUUUGAAGUUAUUUUACGUUUGUUUCAA